AUCUAAAUCACAAACAUGCCCCCCAUAGUACCUAUAUAUACACUCCUCCUCUCCUAUUUCAUUUCCCAGCAACUUAACUCCUUCCCUUUUCAAUUACUUCACUGCAAUUUAUUUGCUUCCUUUCAGGAACUGGCUAACCCUCAAAAAACUCUGGAGGAGACCCAAAACGAAGGGGUGGUGAUCGCCCUAUAUGAUGCCUUAAAAAUACACGACGCUGAGGCAGUCCAGAAGAUUCUGGCCCCGGAUCUUGAGUGGUGGUUCCAUGGCCCGCCUUCCCACCAGUUUUUAAUGCGCUUGCUCACCGGCUCUGCCGAAGAAGAUACCGACACCAGCUUCACUUUCCUCCCCCACCGCAUCUCCGCCUUUGGCUCGACGGUGCUCGUUGAGGGUUUCGAUCAGACCCGUACCAUUGCCUGGGUUCACGCUUGGACUGUGGAUGGGAUAAUCACUCAGGUCAGAGAGUAUUUCAAUACCUCCCUGACUGUUACGCGCUUUGGAAAGACAGACAAAUCGGAUUACAGCAGUAUAACGUCACUCCAUUGCCCUUCGCUGUGGGAGAGUAGUCUCCCCAAUCGGGUCGGAAAAUCUGUCCCGGGUCUUGUUCUUGCUAUAUAAAGAUUACCUAGACGAAUAAAUUAGUGUUGGGUCUUGUUUAUUUUCUCAUUUUGCAUGGGCUGAGGGAGCACCGUUUGAUCUUAUAUCCCGGGGAUGUGAGAUUUUCAACGGUUGGGUUUGAUUUGGGGAGUUUGAUUUGUGUGUGUGUUGGCUGUUGUUGGAAGGGGACCCACGAUGACUGGGCGAUCCUUCGACUUUGAUCAUGUGUGUGUUUUGUUUGCAAUAAAAAAGUUCUCGUGUGAUUUGCAAA